UCUGCAAUCGCGACCAGUGCACUGCACUGCACUGCACGCUGCCAUGGGCGCGAGCGCUGACAGGAGUUUUCCGAGUGUAUCCUGCCAAAAUGACGCAAGCCUUUAACACAACUCAGUCUGCCGAUUGGGACACCGCUCUGAGCGGAGGACACCCCCUGUCUCCGACUCUCUCUACCUCUUCUUUUGUCGGCUGUCCAGUACUCCAGAGAGGACACGCAGCUCGCGCAGCAAUGGUCGUGCUCGAGUGGUCGGUGCUCGCGCGAAUUUUCGUCUCGUGCUUGACGUGUUUGACGUUGCAGCGCGGCGCGCGCGGCUUGCAAGCGCGCAAACAGCCUCCUGGGAUUGAGAUCUUUACCUCCACACAGUCAGUCAUUGCAGGUCAAAAAGUCCUCACCAUAGAGGGAAGGGAGUGUAAGUUCCCGUUUAGAUGGGGUGGGACUCUUUAUCAUCAGUGCGUUACAUCGAGUCCUGGCAUCCGGUGGUGCUCACUCACCAACAACUUCGACCGGGACAUGGAGUGGGGAUAUUGUAGGACACGGCCACACCAUUCCAACACUGUUUUCAACAUCAUCAGCGAGCGAAGCUUGUGCCAUCCGAACCCGUGUAAGAACGGCGGGAUGUGUAUGGCGGUUCACUACCGGCGUUCGUUCGAGUGCGCGUGCCCGGACGCUUUCACAGGAACCGAGUGCGAGCUGAAAAAGUGCUAUGAGCCACUGCACCUGAGGUAUUACAACAUCGGCGAGGCAUGGGGACGAAUCCACUUGCGCAACGUCGAGCAGUGCGUGUGCAGCAGUGACGGCGUGUCUUGCAUGCGCACGCGUUACAGAGUAUGUUUCACUAAUCCCUGUGAGAAUGAAGGAACAUGCAGAGUAAUUGAAACAACAGGAAAGGCAGUAUGUGCCUGCAGACCAGGAUAUAGAGGGCCGUACUGUAGCAUCUCACCCGAGGAAAACUGCUACAAGGACUCAGGUGCCGAGUAUCGCGGCACAACGAACGUGACGCUCUCUGGUGCCCCCUGCCUGCGCUGGAGCUCAGACCUCAUGUACAACGAGCUCUCGGUGGACACCGUUCACGACGCAUCGCUACGAGGACUCGGGGAUCAUGCGUUCUGCAGGAACCCUGAUAAUGACAAGAAGCCCUGGUGCUACACGAUGAACAACGGAGUGAUCUCCUGGGAAUACUGCGACAUACCGUCUUGCCUCAGUGCGUUAUCUUCCCGUAAAGCUCCCACUCCACCUUCUCCCCCGACGCCAGCGCCUAUUCGCAAACCCAACUGCGGCAAGAGACACCCGAAGCGAGUCACUCGGGGACGGAUCCUUGGAGGCACCACUGCGAUGUCCGGCGCUCACCCCUGGAUGGCGGCGCUGUACAUCAGCGAAGAGUUCUGCGCCGGCACUCUGGUUGCACGUUGCUGGGUCGUUUCAGCUGCUCACUGCUUCAACCGAAAUCCUUUGCUGUCAACGAUACGCGUGGUCCUCGGUCAGCACGUUUUUAACGACUCGGGUUCCACCACGCAGACGUAUGGUGUAGAAAAAUACAUUUUCUACGACCAGUACAAUCAGUUCAGCCCAACAGUGCAUGAUAUUGCCCUUGUGAAGCUCAAGAAGGUUGAUGGGCGCUGCGCUCAUAAAAACAAGUUCGUUCGGCCGAUCUGUCUGCCGGACGAGUCCAUGACGUUCCCCGACUACACAUGUUGCACCAUCUCAGGCUGGGGACACGUGCAGGAGAGGGGAGAUACGUAUUCCUCCCUGAGGGAGGGAACUGUGAAACUUAUUCCGCAUGAGAAGUGUUCCUCUGACGAGGUGUAUGGCUCGGAGGUGAGAGAGGGGAUGCUGUGUGCAGGUAGUUCCAGCUGCGUGGAUGCUUGCCAGGGAGACUCCGGCGGGCCACUGGCAUGUGUGCAUAAUGAAGCGAGUUUCCUCUACGGUAUCAUUAGUUGGGGUGAUGGUUGCGGAAGAACAGGGAAACCAGGCGUCUACACCAAAGUCACCAAAUACGUUACGUGGAUCAAUGACAUCAUCCGGCGCAAAAAACCCUCCCAGAAGAAAGGACUUUAGAGCAUGUAUAAGCGUGAAAUUGCCAUGUCUAUUGCCAGACAUUUUUUUUAUAGAGAACUGUGAAUGAAGAUUUUGUUUUAUAAUCUAAUAAAUUAUAUGGAAAACCA